UCAGCCCCAAGCCUGAACCUGUCCUCCAGCAAGACCCAGUGCACUUUCCUCUGCUGCCUUUUUCUCCAUUUGCCUCUUUUAUUUUUUUUUAAUUUUUUUUCCCUUUUCAUUUUAAUGAAUCCCUUAAAACAGGAGUAAAACUUUAACCAAAUGAGCUGAUUAAAGCUUAUAUAAUCCUCUCAAGGACCCUUCAAUCAGGAUCUCUUUGUCGCAAGGGGGAAAACAGGAAUCUAGGAAGGUUUCAGCACCCCUAACAAAGGUGCCUAGUGACAUUUGCAAAGCAGGUGACUGAUGGUGGAUUUUAACAAGUCCUGUUUUGUUUGCCUUAGAAGGAACACCCCUUCUGCUGGGUUACCUGGAAGAUUCACAGACACAGGGACUCUAAUCUAAAGCCACAGGUGAAAAUCCAUGGCAGACGCACCUCGAUCAAACUAAAAAGCUCUUUUGCCAGCUCUCCUGUGGAUAUUUCAGCACUGGGAGCAACUCCGCAGCAGCAUCUUAGGUAAACGCCAAAUCUCUCCAGGGCUCCAAGGACUCUUCCAUCAGCUCUCUAAAGCCCCAAUCUGUUGCACACCAGAUACCCUUUGAGGGGAGUGACCUACGGAGCACUGGAUCUAGGAGCGUGACAUUCAAUUACAGAAGGAGACGCAUUAGCUCAGAGGCAGCAGCAGCCCCACAAUCACCGUUCUGGUUUGAGAUCCAUGCAGCUCUAGAAGUAUUUUGAAUCCUGGAGUAUUUUUUGUAGCCUGGGUUUUUUUCUGAGGGCAAGGUGCUGCCAGCGGGACCAUGUCUUUUGCCGAAUUCUUACACCAGGUGGGCGGUAUGGGACGUUUCCAAAUUAUCCACACAAUGUUGCUUACCAUCCCUAUCGUGCUGAUGGCCAGCCACAACCUCCUGCAGAACUUCACCGCCGCCAUCCCAGGACACCACUGCCAAGUCCAUAUCAAUGCCAACAACACUGGCUACCCUAAUGCCACCCUGCGCCUGGACUCCAAGGACCUGCUCCGGGUCGCCAUCCCCAUGGACAGGAACCGGCAGCCGGAGAAGUGCCGCCGCUUUGUCACCGCUCAGUGGCAGCUCCUAGACCCCAAUGUCACCGAGCCCAAUGGAACUCAGCUGGACACAGAGCCCUGCACGGAGGGGUGGACCUAUGAUAGGAGCAUGUUCACCUCCACCAUCAUUACUGAGUGGGACCUGGUGUGUAACUUGCAGAAGUUCCAGCAGAUGGCUCAGUCAAUCUACAUGGCCGGGGUGCUGGUGGGAGCACUCGUGCUAGGCGGUCUCUCUGACAGGUUUGGACGCAAGGCAAUGCUGAUUUGGUCCUUUCUGCAGCUGGCUGUGAUGGGAACCUGCACGGCCUUCGCCUCCAGUUACAUCUCCUACUGUAUCUUCCGCUUCCUGGGUGGGAUGGCUCUGUCUGGCUUUGGGCUCAGCACCGCCUGCCUGAUUGUGGAGUGGAUCCCCACUGAGUUCCGUACCAUCACCAUUGCCACCACAGGAUUCGUCUACACCCUGGGCCAGAUCCUACUGGCGGGCUUGGCAUAUGGCAUCCCAGACUGGCGCUGGCUCCAGCUGACUGUGUCUUUGCCUUUCUUCUUCUUCCUCAUCUAUUCCUGGUGGUUCGCAGAAUCUGCUCGCUGGCUGGUUCUGGCAGGUAAAGAUGACAGAGCAGUGAAGGUGCUCCAAAGGGUUGCCAGAAUGAAUGGGAAAUGGGAAGAAGGGGAGAAGAUUACCACAGAGAUCCUAAAAUCCAAAAUGCAGAAGGAACUGUCAACAGUGAAGUCCUCCUACACUAUCUCGGAUCUGGUACGCACGCCCGCCAUACGCCAGAUAUUCUGCUGCCUCUCAAUUGUGUGGUUCUCUACCAGUUUCUCCUAUUAUGGGCUGGCCAUGGACCUGCAGAACUUUGGCGUCAGUAUCUAUCUGAUCCAGUUGAUUUUUGGAGCUGUCGACUUCCCGGCCAAAGUGGUGGUCACCAUCUCCAUGUCCUAUAUUGGGCGCAGGAUCUCGCUCUCAGCCUUCCUCCUCCUGGCUGGGCUUGUCAUCAUUGCCAACAUCUUUGUGCCCAGAGAGCUGCAGAUAGUCCGCACGUCACUGGCUGUGAUUGGGAAGGGAUGUCUUUCAGCUGCGUUCAACUGUGUGUUUCUAUUCACAACCGAGCUCUACCCUACACCGAUCAGGCAGACCGGACUGGGCUUUGGAAGCACCAUGGCCCGGGUAGGAGGUAUUGUGGCUCCCCUGGCCAAGAUGUUGGAUGACUACUUCACCUUCUUGCCGCCAGUCGUCUACGGUGCUGCCCCAAUCAUCUCUGGCAUUGUGGCCACCCUCCUCCCGGAGACUCUCAACCAACUACUGCCAGACACUGUGGAGGAGGUGGAGAGCAGGUCUCAAAUGAAGAGGGGUAAAGACACCAAAGAGAAGAUUCCCCUUCAGAACCAGAAGAAAGUUCUGCUCAAAGAGACUUGGUGGACACCCGACCAAUGGGCCACCCUUCUGGCCCUGUAUUUGACGGGGAAAGCCCAAACCGUGUACUGGGGGCUAUCUGUGAACGAUGCCCGGGACUAUGCCCAGAUAACAGCGGCAAUUCGAGAUGCCUUAGACAUCAGCCCGGAAACCUUCCGACAGAGGCUCCGGAGUCUGUCCUACACCCCAGGUGCUCGACCCCGGUUGUUGGCCCAGGAGCUGAGAGACCUGUGCAAGUGGUGGCUGCAGCCCGACAGGCGGAACCCCAAGGAGCUCACUGAGCAAAUCAUCCUGGAACAGUUCGUCCAUAUCCUCCUGUCGCGGGGUCCAGACUUCUCUGGAGUCCUUUGUUCAAAUGCUGAGGAAAGCCCCGACGUCACCCCAGCAUUGCAGGCGGACUCCUGUGAGGACCCCGCCAAGGAGGCAGAAGAACUGGACCCUAUUACACAGGAAGUAGAGCCCGAGGACCCCCCGCCCACAUCUGCUAACGACCCCAGGGUUGACACUGACUUCUGCCGGGACCAACUGAGGGACCCUACCCUUAGUCGGGCAUAUGAGCCGCUGGCGGCCGUGGAUGGCGCUCUCAUUGAUCCAGGCCGAGCCCAGGUCUGGCCCCAUUUUGAGCUACGCCAUGACUGCCUCUAUCGGGUGGACCGAGAUUCCCACACCGGAGAGGUCCAGACCCAACUGCUGGUGCCUCAGUGCAACCACCACGCGGUGAUGAAACUCGCCCAUGAUGUCCCAGCUGCAGGGCACCUGGCCAUCCUGCUCUGGAGCAUCACCACCUGGGCCAUCGCUGAGGAGCUCAUCAAGGUCUUUGCCCGCGUAGGCUUGCUCUUGGCGAUUCUCACUGACCAGGGCACUUCCAGGCUGCUGCGGCAGGUUUGCAACUUCCUGGGGAUUAAUCAACUACGCACCUCCAUUUACCACCCACAAACCGACGGCCUGGUAGAACGGUUCAACUGCACCUUGAAAACCAUGCUGCGCAAGUUUUCCCUAGAGGACCUGCGCCGUUGGGAUCAGUUGCUCCCAUCUCUGCUCCUGGCCAUCCACAAAGAAAAGACCACGUUUGCCAUCCCCAUGGGCCUCUACCAGUUCACUCAAAUGCCCUUCGGGCUCCAUGGUGCCCCAGCAACGUUCCAGCGGCUGAUGGACCGCCUCCUUCAACCUCAUAGAGAGUACGCAGCCGCAUACCUGGAUGAUGUUGUUAUUUACAGCUGCCAUUGGAAGAACCACCUGGAACAGGAAGCGGCCGUCCUGAGGUCCCUGCGGGCAGUGGGAUUAAUGGCCAAUCCAAAAAAAUGCCAUAUUGGGUGGCAGGAGGCCAUCCACCUGGGCGUCAAGUACGCCAGUUCCUCGGACUGGCGGGCUACUACCGAUUUCGCCUCCAUCGCAGCCCUGCUAAUGGGACUCUUGACCAAAGCUAUUCUCCAAUGUGUGGUGUGGACCCCGGAGUGUGACCGCGUCUUCCAGGCACUCAAAAACAAUCUCUGCCACAAGCCGUCCUAUACAGCCCCGACUUUAACCAAGAGUUCAUCCUUCAGACGGACGCCUCAGAGCUUCCAACCCGGCACCAUGAGUUUUGCCGAGCUCUUAGACCACGUUGGGGGGAUGGGUCGCUUCCAAAUAAUCUAUGUUAUCUUACUGGCUAUCCCAGUUUUCAUGAUGGCCAGCCAUAACCUCCUGCAGAACUUCACUGCUGCCACCUCUGAGCACCACUGCCAUGUCCAUAUCAACAUCAGCAACACUCCUGACACCAAUCUUACUGGAAAGCUCGCUGCCAAGGACCUCCUCAGGGUCUCAAUCCCCAUGGACAGCAAGCUGCAGCCAGAGAAGUGUCACCGCUUUGUCACUAUGCAGUGGCAGCUCCUAGACUCCAACGCCACAAUCACAAACCUGACCAAGCUGGAGACUGAACCUUGUGCUGAUGGGUGGGUGUACGACAAGAGCAUUUUCACCAGCACCAUCAUUACAGAGUGGGACCUGGUGUGUGACUUCCGGCAGCUGAAGCAGAUGGCUCAGUCCAUCUACAUGGCUGGGAUCCUGGUGGGAGGCAUCAUCUUUGGAGGUCUGUCAGACAGGUUUGGCCGCAGGUCUAUCUUAAUCUGGUGCUACUUUCAGAUGGCUGUCACAGGCACCUGCACUGCCUUCUCGCCCAGCUUCACUGCCUACUGCAUCUUCCGUUUCCUGACUGGAAUGGCCUUCUCGGGCAUUGUGAUGAACGGUGUCUCUCUGUCUGUUGAAUGGACACCCACCCGCACACGGGCCAUUGUGGGCACCACGUAUGGAUACUGCUACACAACUGGGCAGUUCAUUCUGGCUGGAAUGGCUUAUGCCAUCCCCAAUUGGCGCUGGCUGCAGCUUGUGGUGUCUUUGCCCUUUUUCAUCAUCUUCAUCUACUCCUGGUGGUUCGCAGAGUCCGCCCGCUGGCUCGUGAUAGCCGGCAGACCCGACGAGGCAGUGAAGCAGCUCCAGAGAGUGGCCAGGAUAAACAGGAAGAAGGAAGAAGGAGACAAACUCAACUCAGAGGUCUUGAGAUCCAAUAUGCAGAAAGAAAUAGCCUCUGCAAAGAGCAGCUAUACCUUCAUCGACCUGGUGCGGACCCCUGUCGUACGCCAGAUCUCCUUCUGCCUCAGCUUUGUAUGGUUCUCCACCAGCUUUGCCUAUUAUGGGUUGGCCAUGGACCUGCAGAAUUUUGGUGUCAAUAUCUUCUUGAUCCAGCUGAUCUUUGGAGCGGUUGAUUUCCCAGCGAAGUUCAUCUCAGUCCUCACAAUCAGCUUCGUCGGGCGCCGGUUCACACAGGCCUUGGCCCUCAUCCUGGCUGGACUCUCUAUCCUAGCCAACAUCUUUGUCCCACAAGAUCUGAAGACCCUGCGCACCGUUCUAGCUGUCUUUGGAAAAGGCUGUCUCGCUGCCUCCUUUAACUGCGUCUACCUCUACACGAGUGAGCUGUACCCCACAGUGAUUAGGCAGACCGGCAUGGGUUUGACCAACACCAUGUCGCGCCUGGGCAGCAUAAUUGCCCCAUUGGUAAAGAUGUUGGAGGAAUACAUUCCCUUCCUGCCACUGAUCAUUUAUGGAGCUGCCCCAAUCAUCUCUGGCGUUGCAGCAACCUUCCUGCCCGAGACGCUCAACGUGCCAUUGCCUGAGACCAUAGAGGAGGUGGAGACACGAUCCAGGCAUCUGAGAGAUGAAGAACAACAAAUGAAGAUCCUUCUGAAACCCACCAUGCCAGACCCAGCCAAGGAAGCCAGUUAAGGAAAGAAAAAAUGAGUAACUGUUGUAGGGUCUACGGGUAAAAUUUUCAAAAGUGCCUUAGGAACUAUGUUCCAUUUUCACCAGUGACUUAGCCACUUCCAUGCCUCAUCUACCUGAGCACUUCUGAAAAUCCCACUGGGCACUUAUCUGAAUCUCUU